CGCCGCCGCCGCGCUUGGCACCGCAGAGCCAAGGCGGCUGGUGCAGAGCGGCAGCACCUCGCCCCGCACCCGCCGCCGCCCGGGCAGUGCGGGGCCGCGGCGCUCUGUGCGCAGCGGGAGCGCGGUCCCCCCCCGAAGGCUCCCCGUCGCCUGCGUCCCAAAAGCACGAGGUCAUUCUCUUCUUUCAGCCGGUGAGUGCAACUUCAGAGCUGGGAGAGAGUGAUUGCAAGGCCAAGAAGGACGGGAGAACAUUCACCACCACAACAUUUCAAAGGGAAUACAUUGCCAGCAUUUUGAAUACUUAUUUGGACAAACAUUUCUUCAAGGAGGACGCAGCCCUCUGCCCCCAUGUCGCCACCUUGGAAGGACUGACCAAAUCCAGCAGCCUGUGCCACUUCCCACCCACUAUGGGACCCGAGGGAAGCUUGCUGAGUGGGGGACAAAUGCAGAUCACCCUGUGGGGAAGCCUGGCAGCUGUGGCCACCUUCUUCCUCAUCACCUUCCUCAUCUUUCUGUGCUCCAGUUGUGACAGAGAAAAGAAGCCGAGACAGCACAGCGGAGACCAUGAGAACCUGAUGAACGUGCCUUCCGACAAGGAGAUGUUCAGCCGUUCAGUUACCAGCCUGGCCACAGACGCACCUGCCAGCAGCGAACAGAAUGGGGCACUCACCAACGGUGACAUUCUUUCAGAAGACAGCACCAUGACCUGCAUGCAGCAUUACGAGGAAGUCCAGACCUCAGCUUCAGAUCUGCUGGACUCCCAGGACAGCACAGGGAAGCCAAAGUGUCAUCAGAGCCGGGAGUUGCCCAGAAUUCCUCCUGAGAGUGAAGUGGACACGACGCUCAAUGGAGAAAGCACGGACGGGGACCAGGGUCUGGGGAUGGAGGGGCCGUAUGAAGUGCUCAAGGACAGUGCCUCACAAGAAAAUAUGGUGGAGGACUGCUUGUAUGAAACCGUGAAAGAAAUUAAGGAGGUGACGGCCGCCGCCCACUCGGCUCGGGGCCACAGCAGCAGGUCGAAGUCAACUUCCACUGUGAAGGAGCUUCUGGGGCCCCAGGCCAGUGGCAAAACAGACUUUGCCGAAUACGCCUCUGUGGACAGAAACAAAAAGUGUCAACAAAGUGCUAAUGCAGAGAGUAUUCUUGGAAAUCCAUGUGAUCCAGAAGAGGAGGCGCCACCCCCUGUCCCCAUUAAACUUCUGGAUGAAAAUGAAAACCUUCAGGAGCAGGCAGAGAGUAAAGCAGGAGAAGAAGGAGCCGCCGAGGGGACCAGUGAAACCAACAAGAGAUUUAGUUCGUUGUCAUACAAGUCCCGGGAAGAAGACCCAACUCUCACAGAAGAAGAGAUCUCGGCAAUGUAUUCAUCAGUGCAUAAAAAAGGACAGCCAGGGAACAAAUCAGGACAGUCACUUAAAGCACCAGAGUCCACCUAUACCUCCAUCCAAGGAGCCGCUCCGAGGUCGCCCUCUUCCUGUAACGAUCUCUAUGCUACUCUUAAAGACUUUGAGAAAAUUCCCAACAGCGUCAGCACUCUUCCAGCAGCAGGGAGGCCCAGCGGCGAGGAGCCCGAGCCAGAUUACGAAGCCAUACAGACUCUAAACAGAGAGGAAGAGAAGGCUGCCCCAGAGACCAACAGCCACCAGGGCCUUUUCCCCAAGGAGAAUGACUACGAGAGCAUCGGGGACCUGCAGCAAUGCCGAGACAUCACCAGGCUCUAGCAGCCCGGGAGACAGCCCAGCCAGCAUAGGACCGGCCGGCGCUGCUGCAGAGACAAGAAGCGGUGUCAACCACGCUUCAUAUGCUGCUUUCGGAAAUGGAAGGUGACUGGAGGUGCCGAAACUGCUUCUCAGUUUGGGGAACAGUGAGGCACACACCGUACUGCCAGGGCCCUGGCACACCCAAGCACACUUCCCUCAUAUACCCACACCCUCUGGAAGGAUCCCAGCUGUCAGUGGUCUCACCCUCUUUGUGAAGAAAGCCACCCAGCAAGGAAGAACAGCACUCAUCAAAAAUCACAGCUGACCUGCCUGAAACACUGCCACUCACAGGAGCCGGCUUUCUCUCCCUCUCUCCCCUUUCUGCUGCCUGCUACUAAUGGUAAAAUGAAUGGCUUUCUUCCCCUUGAAAUCUUCCGAUUUAUCAUGGUUCAUUCCAAGGAUAUUCUCCCACCAGCCUGGCCUUUGCCUUCAACGUGGGUGUUUUUCGAUGGUAAGAAAUUGUGGUUGCUGCUUUCCUGCCGCUCCCCAGUCCCCUUCCAGCAGCUGCCCCUGGGAACCGGGCCCGGCCGGUGGGUAAGGUUGGAGAUGCCCCUGGAGCUUCUUAGCUCUUCAUUCCUUCCGAUUUGGGCAGUCCAUGUCAGCAGCCUCUCCCAAAGUACUUGAAGUCAUUGUUAGAUGCUUUAUUUUAUUUUUAUAGUCAAAAUGGUUUUUUCCCCAGUAUUUGAAACUCUUCAGAGCCUUUUCAGUAUUUUCAAUGAAUAUCGCGGUACUUCCAUACUUCUUUUAGCCCAGAGCUCAUUCCUCCAAAACAGAGAGCCUUAAUCUCUAUGUUGGGACACAGACCACGUGUUUGGAUGGCAGCCACGGCUUCCAUUUCCCAAGGGCUGUGAACUUGAAUGUGUAUUUCUGAUGAUCCCCGCUGCCACACCGGCCGUGUGGGAUUUCAUACACGAACUGCUCCCCUAAGGUAAUCUAUCUGAGAUUAAAAUAUAAACAUUUAUUUUUGUUAUAUAAAUUUAUAAGGUAUUUUAUGUUUAACGCCUAAUUUCUAGAAAGU